CUCGCAGCCCGGAAAACUGAAAAUCAUAUCUUCUUCCAUUCAAACCCUUUGCUUCUUUCUCUGAAAUUUUCUCUAUUUAUUGCUAAUGGAAACAAGCAGUGAAGUAUCGAGCGCGCUUCAAUAUAUCAAACAUUACUUACUUGAUGAACUUUCUCCUGUGGGAUUGGGCAAGUUUUCCAGUGAAAACCAAUGGAUAAAUGAGGCAAUAUCUCAAGUUUCUACCGCCAAACCUGAAUCUCUUUACUCGCAAACUUCGAGUUGUUGUUCCUCUCUCACAGAAGCUAGUUUUAAUUGCCUUGAAGAAGAUGAUUUCUUUAAAUUCUCUCCCAAUUUCUCCGGAUUCCAGCCAAACGGAAAUAAUGUUUUCGAAUUUGAGUCGAAACCUCAUAUUAUAGAUCUCACAACACCUACGCCCCUCUCAUCCAACGGAAUUUCCUUAGAAUUUGAAGCCAAACCUCAAAUCACUCAAGUUUCUUUGAGUUCUGACUCUAGGAUUCGAAAGCCGUCGCUAAAAAUCUCUCUACCACAGAAGGUGGAAUGGAUUCAGUUCGAUAAACCGGAUUUAACUCGGCCAGAGCCGAAGGAAUCAAAUUCCGGUGACAAGAAGCACUAUAGGGGGGUCCGACAGAGGCCGUGGGGUAAGUUCGCGGCGGAGAUCCGAGAUCCGACCCGAAGAGGUUGCCGGAUAUGGUUAGGGACCUUUGACACGGCGAUCGAAGCCGCUAAGGCUUACGACCGAGCCGCUUUUAAGCUACGCGGCUCUAAAGCGAUCCUUAAUUUCCCGCUUGAAGCCGGGAAGCUGGAUUCAUGCGCCAUUUACGGAAACAGGAAACGGAGCAGAGAUGACGGCGCAGGAGAAGAAAGACGGGAAAAGGUGGUGAAGAGAGAAAACGAAAACGUGACAGAAGCGAGAGAUAACGGUGAUGUGCCUUUGACGCCGUCAACUUGGGCAGCGCUUUGGGAUCUGGAGAAUGACAUGGAGGGGGAUUUUAACGUGCCGCUAUUCUCGCCGUUAGGGUUUUCGCACAUUAUGGCAAUAUGAUGACGAGGCUAAUGUCUGAAGUGGAGGGCAGCGGGUGACGUGGAAUUUUUUGGGAUGUAUAUUGUUUAAUUGUUUUUC